AAGACAGAAAAGGCUAAAAAGACAACCGACAAAAAAAAAAAAAAAAAGACAGUUCACUUGUUUUGUCUUUGAUCCUUUGUAAUUAGAGAAAGUUGUUAUCUUUCUUUUUUUUCUCCUACAUUUCUUGUCUUCAUCUUAUUCUUCUUCUUCUUUCUUCCCAAAUCUCUCUGACGAGCUUCGAUUCAGUUUCGGCGUUCUUUGGUGGAGAUCUAAUGAGCUCGAAGAAAGAAACAAUCUAUCUAUCUAAGUCGCAUUCUCUCUCCACCUUUUUCUCCUUUUAAUUUGCGGGCGGCUUUUUUACUUACUUUUAAGCUCAAAGGAUCGCCAUUGCAUAGAAACUGAGAUCUGUUUGUUUCUGGUGUGGUGCGUUGAGUGGUGGGAGUUGUCGGUUCACAAGCUCAGAUCAAUCAAGAGAGAGAAGAGAGAGAGAGGUUAUUAAGAAGAAUGAGGUCGUGUUAAUAUCUCCGGAAUGUGGGGUUGACUUAGGAGGAGUGAGAGAUUCUGGAUUUAUUCGAGGGAAGUAAUAAAUAAAUGUUCUUCCCUGUUUUUGCGUCGUCCUGAUUACAUUUUUUGAGAUCUGGGCUCAUUAUUACAAAUUACAUCAGAGAAAGAGAGAGAGAGAGAGAGCGAUAGAGAUUCUUCAUCUUAUUCUAUUUUGUAUUUCUCCUGAGAGCAAGAAGACUCAAGAGUAGCUUGGAAUCUGUUUUGAUGAAAACUCCUCUCGAGUAAAUGUGUAAAGCAGAGAAGUUUCUAUACCACAAGAAGCUCUUACAGGAGAUGAAGGUUAAGUAUCAUCUAGGAGGAGGAGAUAGCAAGGUUGUUGUUGACAAGUUCAACAACUCCUUGGUUUCCAAGUCUCGUAUGAGCCUAUGGAUGAUUCGUGCUAUCACCCUACUGUUGCUAUGGAGUUGUUUUGUUCAUUUGGUGGCAGUGGGAGGGAUGUGGGGACCAAGAUUGUUGAAAGGCUGGCCUUCUUGUUUCAAUACUCACCAUGAUCUCCCAAUCUCUGCUGCUGUACUAGAAAUGACUUCUCUUCCCAUCAAAAUCCCCCUCCCUCCUAAAAGGAUAUAUCAGAACAAUGGCUAUCUUAUGGUUUCUUGCAAUGGAGGACUCAACCAAAUGCGAGCUGCGAUAUGUGAUAUGGUGACUAUUGCAAGAUACAUGAAUGUCACACUUAUUGUCCCAGAGCUUGACAAGACCUCUUUUUGGAAUGAUCCUAGUGAGUUCAAAGACAUAUUCGAUGUGGAUCACUUCAUAACUUCUCUAAGGGAUGAGGUUCGUAUACUCAAAGAGGUUCCUCCACGGCUUAAGAGAAGGGUUGAGCUUGGCGUGUACCACACUAUGCCUCCUAUCAGCUGGUCCAACAUGUCCUACUACCAAGACCAGAUUCUUCCCCUGGUGAAGAAGCACAAGGUCUUACAUCUGAACAAGACCGAUACUCGACUUGCCAAUAACGAACUUCCUGUGAAUGUUCAGAAGCUGAGAUGCAGAGUAAACUUCAACGGGCUUAGAUUCACUCCAAAGAUUGAGGAACUAGGCAGAAGAGUGGUCAAGAUUCUGAGGGAGAAAGGUCCCUUUCUGGUCCUCCACCUCAGAUACGAAAUGGACAUGCUGGCUUUCUCUGGUUGCUCCCAUGGUUGUAACCGCUACGAAGAGGAAGAACUCACAAGAAUGAGAUAUGCUUAUCCAUGGUGGAAGGAGAAAGUAAUAAACUCAGAGUUGAAGAGGAAAGAAGGUCUUUGCCCAUUGACUCCAGAAGAAACAGCUCUGACACUAUCUGCCUUGGGGAUUGACCGUAAUGUUCAGAUUUACAUAGCUGCAGGAGAGAUAUAC